AAGAAAAGGCAGUGUUUAGGAAGCGAGAAACGGAAGAACCAUGCAGUCUCAUGAAUAUUUGUACUUCUAAGUGCAAUUGUAUUUGCUUUUGAAAUUAAGGAAAAUUUUCAAUUCUGUUAGAUCAGUGACAGCCAGUCAGUCACCCAGUGUGCGUCCGUAUCCCUUGUUCUGCAUGCGUUGACCAUGGUUUCUUUUAUAUUGUGAAUCAUGGGUUGGAGGAAGAAUUGCUCAAGAAAGUUUUUGAGCAGAGUAAGAUGUUUUUCUCACUCCCGGUUGAAGAGAAGAUGAAAUUGGCUGUCAAGAAUCACAGAGGUUAUACAGGGAUGUACCAAGAGAAACUUGAUCCUUCUUUAAGUUCCAAAGGUGACUCUAAAGAAAGCUUCUAUAUUGGUCCACAAACAGAAAAUCACCUGAAUCAAUGGCCUUCUGAAGAAGAUCUACCAUCUUGGAGAAGCACAAUGGAGGCUUACCGUAAAAAAGUGCUGUCUGCUGGGACUAAGGUAAUUUCUUUAAUUGCCCUGGCUUUGAACUUGGAUGAAGAUUUCUUCGAAAAAUUGGGAGCAUUGAAUGAUCCACUGGCGUUUAUUCGCCUGUUACACUAUCCAGAGGACAUGGACUCCACUGAAGAAGAAACAUAUGGUGCUUCUGCUCAUUCAGAUUAUGGAAUGAUUACUCUUCUGCUGACUGAUGGUGUUCCAGGGCUUCAGGUUUGCAGGGAGAAAUCCAAGCAACCACAGCUUUGGGAGGAUGUGCCAAGCAUAAGUGGGGCACUCAUUGUUAAUAUUGGGGACAUGAUGGAGAGGUGGACUAAUUGUUUGUUCCGGUCAACACUGCACAGAGUGGUGCCAGCAGGAGAAGAACGCUACUCCGUGGCAUUCUUUUUAGAUGCCGACAGAGACUGUAUGGUGGAAUGCUUGGAAAGUUGCUGCAGUGAGUCUUGUCCCCCAAGAUUUCCACCCAUCCGUAGCUCAGACUACCUGCAGGAACGCUUUAGAGUUACAGCUACAGCUUCUAUUGAAGAUUAUCUGCUUUAGCUACAGUUAGUCGUCUCAAGCUUUCUGCUGCUAGAUAAGUUGCAGGCCGCAAUCAUGAUUGCAGCAAUAUUAAGGACAGUUUAUUAUCUUCAAGUGAAGCAAAUGGAAUUUGCUUUCCUAGUUUGCUUGUUUAAAUAUUAUAUUAUAUGCAUGCAUUCAUUUAAAUAUUGUUUAAAUAUUGUUUAAAUAUGAUUGCAAUAAUAUGCAUGCAUUCUUUCUUCCUAAUAAAUAUUAUAUUUGAGUUCCUUAUAUGUACUAAUUGAACUUUAUUUAUAAAUGUAGAUCACAUAUUAAUAUCUUUUAUUCU